AUGGUUGCCGCUAUUGAUCCACGAUAUAAUAAUUCGGUACAAAUGCUUUUAGCACGACAACAAUGUAAUCCAAAUGCAUUAUACGAUUAUGCAACAAUUAGCUACGACGAUCUCUGUACUCCAUCAUCCAAUUACUAUCAUCAACCACAACAAAAUCAAUGCUACUUCAGUUGUAUAACACCUGUAACAUUUGUACCCAAUCCUAAUCUACCAUCUACUGUUAGGCCUGAAUUAGGAACACUUCAUUUUAGGCCACCACCCAAUUUUCCACCACCACCACCACCACCAUCUCCUCCACCACAACCUACAUCAACUUCGCUUCUUGCUGCUCGUCAUUCAUCUACACCAAUCUCAGCUGCUUCAACUGCUCGGAUAUCAGAUGAUUCGGCUUAUAGUGAUAGUUCCGCAUCAACCUUGCAAUGUCAUGGUGAAGUGGUGACAAAUAGAUCGGGAAUGCUGCUACGUAUGGAUUUAUCUAAAAAUCCACCCAUUUUUGUGCAAGGUUUAUAA